CACAGCUGAAAUCCCCGCAUUCCUUCGCUCAAACCUUCCGUAAGGGCACAUCCGCCAGUGAUGGGGCGGGGCAGUGCGCUGAUUGGGUGUUACGGACAGGUGACAUGAGCACCUGGAGUGGGUGACGUAAUGUAGUAGAAGGGAGGGGUGCGGGGAAGGGGCGGGCAGUAGUAGCGCCAGAGGCCCCGCCCCAGCUGGUAGCGUCCCACAGAGAGUGAGGGGAAAGCUCGGAGUGACCAUGCGGCUACCGGGGCGGCUGUUCCUCUUCUACUUCUUCCUCCUCCUCCUCCGUGCCGGUACAGUGUGGUCCCGCACAGUCCGUGUUCCGGCCGGCCCGGUGGUUCGAGUAGAAGGGACGGAAGUUUCCAUCCCCUGCAAUGUCAGUGAUUAUGAGGGUCCGUUGGAGCAGAACUUUGAAUGGACUUUCUCUACGUCUGCCGGCUCCUAUGUGAGGGUGCUCAGUACUUUCGACCCAACGUUCACAGACCCGACGUUCGCUGGCAGGGUGGGUGCCGGAGGGAUCCAGCUGGAGAGGGUGAGCCAUAAUGUGGCGCUGCUCCGUAUCCGGGAGCUGAGUAAAUCCGACGAGGGGGAGUACACCUGCUCCACCCCCAGCACCGACGCCACCAUCAGCGGCAACUACGAGGAUGGGGUCCGACUGAGAGUGAUCCCGGACACCCUGACGGUGCGGAGCACAAAGGGACGGCUGGGGGGCACGCGGACCCUAACGGAAGGGGGCUCAUUUCAGCUGCAGUGCCAGGCGCUCUCGGGCGACUCGUCGGAUCACACUCACCUGUCUCUUACCUGGCAGCACCAAGGCCCAGAGGGCUCAGCCGCUGACGUUCUCACUCUGUCCCAUUUGGGGCGCUUCCAGCCCGGCCCAGGGUAUGAGGAGCGAUACAGCAGUGGGAGAGUCAGGCUGGACACCAUGGGGGGCGACGGGUACCGCCUGGCAGUGGAUGGGGCCCUCAGUGCUGAUGCGGGAGAGUACAGCUGUGUGGCACGGACGUGGGUUCUGGGCCCUGAAGGCUGGGCACCGAUCCAGGAGAAGAAGAUUUCUGUUUCUAGAGUAGAGGUGCAACCUAUGGGUAUGAAUGUGACGGUGCCAGCCCCAGUGGUGCGUGGGAAUGCGGGGGAGCCCCUGCGCCUCUCCUGCCGGGUGUGGCACAACUCCGCUGCGCCAGUCUGUACCCGUGUGCGAUGGUUUCUAUCUGCUCAGCAGGCACCCAGCCCUGAAGAACGGCAGGAGUUGCUGGGUGGGCGCGACCCUGAUCCUACCCACGAGGGGGCAAGCACACACCUCCUGGAAGUGCCACGUGGGUGGGACGCAGGGCACUACAGCUGCCAGGCUACAGUCUGGGCCCCGGGCAGUAAUGGCACCUGGCACCCAAUCAUGGAGAGGAGCACGGAGCCCAUCAACGUGCUGCCCAAUUCAGCGGUGCCAGAGCUGGAGGUGUCGCUGAAUGCCACCCUUACGCCCCAGUUCUCGGAGGAGCCGACGGAGCUUGUGUGCCACAUGAGUGGAUCUGACGGUGCCCGCCUGUCCGUGUCCUGGUACCACAGCCCCAGCCCAGAGAGCAGGGCAUCCCCGCCGGUGCUUGUGGGGUCCCUGGGGCAGGACUGGUCAGUGAGUGUGGGGGAGCGCUACACGGAGCGCCUGGAGAGCGGGGGGCUUAUCCUUUCCCGCAGGGGCCCCCAGGCCUUUGUGCUGCGCAUCCAAUGGACUUCCAACGGGGACCGGGGGCAGUACCGCUGUGUGGGCACCGUCUGGGAGCAGCAGCGCAACGAGAGCUGGGCACCGAGCAGGGAGGUGGCAUCCCCCCCCAUCAGCAUCUCCUGGGAGCAAGAAGAGUAUUCGCUGGCAGUCAGGGCCUCGGUGACCAGGGCUGUGGCAGUUUCGGGGGGCACCUUUGAGAUGCAGUGCCACGUCACUACCCGGAACAUCCCCUCCCCCCGAUACUCUGUGCAAGUGGCAAUGGAACCGUCGGGCCCCCACAGUGGCCCCCAAGUCCUACUGCUGAGCCGAGACGGACUGACCCACAGGAAGGGGGAGAGCUUUGGCAAAGCCGCGCUGGAGAAGGUGAAGGAGGGCGAGUACCGAUUCCGGCUGUACCAGGCGCAGGCGCAGGAGGCGGGCACCUACCGCUGCUCCAUUACCGCUUGGACCCCGGGAGGGGGCGGGGCCUGGAGGGAAGCCAAGAACCAGACGUCCAAUCCAGUGGCUUUGCAGUUCCAGAACUCAGGUCUGAUGUUUAAUGUCACCGCCCAUUCCGACAGCCCCUCUAUUUACCAUGGAGAGAGGGCGGAGUUCUGGUGCAUCAUCACCCUGAGUGGCCCCGCAGUGGAUACAGACAGUCUGGCCUUUGAUGUAUCCUGGUUUGCCCAGCGGGCCGGGCCGGUUCUGCUCGGGGGGCUGGGUCGCUCGGCGCAGGUGGAGCAGAAGCGCAGGAACGGCAGCAGUGAGGUGGCCAUAGAGCGGGUCAGCGCCAUGGAGUUCCGCCUGCGCAUCUUUGGCACCGAGGAAGAUGACGGCGGCGGCCAUUUCUGUACUGUCACCCCGUGGGUGCUCUCUGGUACCGGCGCCUGGAGUAGCCAAUCAGCUCUCACCUCCAAUGUUGUCUCCUUGUCUGUCAGGAUGGACUUGCUGACCGCGUUCAAGUACCCCCUGCUGAUAGGGGGCGCCCUGGCGGUGCUGGUGGGGCUCCUCUCCUGCCUGAUUGGAUACUGUAGCUCCCGGGUUUGCUGCAGAGCCAGAGCAGCACCAGAGCCGCGCAGGGAGCACCGCAGACUCAUGUCGAUGGAACUGGACUAAGGGGCGGAGUGGCGCCUACUGGGGGCUGUAAGGGGGCAGCACAGCCAGGUGCCUCGGGGCAGAACUUACACACUGACACCAUGUACUCCAUGUUCUGCCUCCUGGGGCAGCGGCACCGCUGUGUCCCCCAUCUGCAAUAACUGGGCCCCCCGGGGCCCCGACUCUCAGACUGGACUCAGCGACGGUUACUUUAACCCUUGCACUCUCCAUGCACAAAGUGUUUGUCACUGUUAUUUGUUUUAUUGUAUAAUGUGACUUAGCGGCGCCUAAACUCUACCGGCAGCUUCUCUACAGCACUGCUGCCUGUGGGACCCCGUCUGUGGGACCCCGUCUGUACGGCACUGCCGCCUGUGGGACCCCGUCUGUACGGCACUGCCACCUGUGGGACCCCGUCUGUGCGGCGCUGCCGCCUGUGGGACCCCGUCUGUACGGCACUGCCGCCUGUGGGACCCUGUCUGUACGGCACUGCCGCCUGUGGGACCCUGUCUGUACGGCACUGCCGCCUGUGGGACCCCGUCUGUACGGCACUGCCGCCUGUGGGACCCCGUCUGUACGGCACUGCCGCCUGUGGGACCCCGUCUGUACGGCACUGCCGCCUGUGGGACCCCGUCUGUACGGCGCUGCUGCCGCCUGUGGGACCCCGUCUGUACGGCGCUGCUGCCGCCUGUGGGACCCCGUCUGUACGGCGCUGCUGCCGCCUGUGGGACCCCGUCUGUACGGCGCUGCCGCCUUUGGGACCCCGUCUGUACGGCGCUGCCGCCUGUGGGACCCCGACUGUACGGCGCUGCCGCCUGUGGGACCCCGACUGUACGGCGCUGCCGCCUGUGGGACCCCGACUGUACGGCGCUGCCGCCUGUGGGACCCCGACUGUACGGCGCUGCCGCCUGUGGGACCCCGUCUGUACGGCGCUGCCGCCUGUGGGACCCCGACUGUACGGCGCUGCCGCCUGUGGGACCCCGUCUGUACGGCGCUGCCGCCUGUGGGACCCCGUCUGUACGGCGCUGCUGCCCGGUGGACCCCGUGCGGGGCUGAGUAGCCGUACAGGGUGGGUGGGAUACGGGGUGGGUGGGGGGAUCCCACAGUACAUAACUACCCCCAGCAGGGGGCGCACAGGGCUGCACCAUCUUUAGGCGCCGACAGAAAUAUUUUUAUAUUAAUGUUUCUUUUAUCUGUUAAAUGGUUUUUAUUAGAAGCCAAACCUUCCCUUAUGCCCCUGCCCCCCCCCCCCCCCCCGGGCACAUGCCCCUCCGGCUGCUGCCCCCCUGCCCUUUCCCAGCAUCCCUCCCAAUCCAUGGAAACAGUGAGUGCCAGGUCCUGCCAGCUGUGCCACUCUGAUUGGCUCUUGGUGCCAGUGCCACUAGUAAGACAAAGCGCCCUAUAGUGGGGCAUAAUUGGUGCCAAAUUAACUGCUGGGUAUGUGGCCCGGUGCCAGUCAGGCCAUAAGGGCGGGUACAUUGGUGCCAGUAUAAGGGGUACAUGGCCUGGUGCCAACGCUUCUACAUGGGGAUGUACCCUGAUGCCAAUAUAAGUACAAAUGGUGCCAAUGCUGCUAUAUGAGUGGUACCUUGGUGCCGGCGGUUCUGUACGGGCUCAGUCGGUGCCGGCAGUUCUGUACGGGCUCAGUCUGUGCCAUUGGUACUACACGGGCUCAGUCGGUGCCAUUGGUACUACACGGGCUCAGUCGGUGCCGUUGGUACUACACGGGCUCAGUCGGUGCCGUUGGUACUACACGGGCUCAGUCGGUGCCGUUGGUACUACACGGGCUCAGUCGGUGCCAUUGGUACUACACGGGCUCAGUCGGUGCCAUUGGUACUAUAUGGGCUCAGUUGGUGCCGUUGGUACUACACGGGCUCAGUCGGUGCCGUUGGUACUAUAUGGGCUCAGUUGGUGCCGUUGGUACUACACGGGCUCAGUUGGUGCCGUUGGUACUACACGGGCUCAGUUGGUGCCGUUGGUACUACACGGGCUCAGUCGGUGCCGUUGGUACUACACGGGCUCAGUCGGUGCCGUUGGUACUACACGGGCUCAGUCGGUGCCGUUGGUACUACACGGGCUCAGUCGGUGCCGUUGGUACUACACGGGCUCAGUCGGUGCCGUUGGUACUACACGGGCUCAGUCGGUGCCGUUGGUACUACACGGGCUCAGUCGGUGCCGUUGGUACUAUAUGGGCUCAGUCGGUGCCGUUGGUACUACACGGGCUCAGUGGGUGCCGUUGGUACUAUAUGGGCUCAGUCGGUGCCGUUGGUACUACACGGGAUCAGUCGGUGCCGUUGGUACUAUAUGGGCUCAGUCGGCGCCGUUGGUACUGCACGGGCUCAGUCGGCGCCGUUGGUACUACACGGGCUCAGUGGGCGCCAUUGGUACUAUAUGGGCUCAGUGGGCGCCAUUGGUACUAUAUGGGCUCAGUCGGUGCCGUUGGUACUACACGGGCUCAGUCGGUGCCGUUGGUACUACACGGGCUCAGUCGGUGCCGUUGGUACUAUAUGGGCUCAGUCGGUGCCGUUGGUACUACACGGGCUCAGUCGGUGCCGUUGGUACUACACGGGCUCAGUCGGUGCCGUUGGUACUACACGGGCUCAGUCGGUGCCGUUGGUACUAUAUGGGCUCAGUCGGUGCCGUUGGUACUACACGGGCUCAGUCGGUGCCGUUGGUACUACACGGGCUCAGUCGUGCCGUUGUACUAUAUGGGCUCAGUCGGUGCCGUUGGUACUAUAUGGGCUCAGUCGGUGCCGUUGGUACUAUAUGGGCUCAGUCGGUGCCGUUGGUACUACACGGACUCAGUCGGUGCCGUUGGUACUACACGGGCUCAGUGGGCGCCGUUGGUACUAUAUGGGCUCAGUCGGUGCCGUUGGUACUACACGGGCUCAGUCGGUGCCGUUGGUACUACACGGGCUCAGUCGGUGCCGUUGGUACUAUAUGGGCUCAGUCGGUGCCGUUGGUACUACACGGGCUCAGUCGGUGCCGUUGGUACUACACGGGCUCAGUCGGUGCCGUUGGUACUACACGGGCUCAGUCGGUGCCGUUGGUACUACACGGGCUCAGUCGGUGCCGGCAGUACCAUAUACAAGAGACCCGUUGGACCUGGCUGCAGUGGAUUUAAUUGCACUAAUACCCCCCCCCCAAGCUCUGUGGUACUGUUGCCUGUUUGGGUCUGUUUCCCCCCUGAGCAAUAAACAAUAAAAGCCCAUUAUAUUUUUUA